AUGCCCGAGAAAUUCACUGCAUCGCUCAGACAUGGUGAGAUUAAUUUGUUGCCUCUGCUCAACGUCAAAUCGGUUGUGCCACCACAUAUGCUGUGCUUUGUUGAGAUGACGAAUUGGGAAGCACUGAUGCCCCCACGUCGUCUCGUGCAGCACCACGAAGGCAAAGCCGUAGUUAGACGCGUUUCUCAGUGCAGUGUCGAGCAUAUCUGCACUGGGCGUUUUCAUCACCGACUUGUCUUCCCCUCAAGUGCCAACCUCACUUGUCACGUGGUUGGUCACACAACAUCGCUUUGA